CAGGCGGUGAAAAUCCCUCGGCUGCUACAGCUCCAUUUCUGCCGCUCGCUCAGCUACCGCUAUCUGCCAUCUCCAAUUGUCGCGCGACUGCAUCAACGGCAGAGCUGAUAAGCAUCUCGGCAGCUGCUCGCGAGCUAUGCGCCCAUAGAACAGCCUCUCUAUGAUUCCCGCAUCGUGAUUGCGUCCGAGUCGACUCCAUGUCCCGAAAUGUCGGCGCAGUACCAUCGGCUCCGCGGAGGGGACCGCAUUGGUCCCAUCACCUUCGACAGUCGAGCACCAACUCGGAUCGCGCAUCCGAAGCAUCACUCGCCUCGCCAAGGAGCAUGUCUACGCACUCGACUAUAAAGGAUGCCAAAGAUGAGAAGCCGCGCAAGGCUGAGCACUACUGCGCUGUCACAGUCAACGAAGGAUAUUCGCGGGACGAGGUGCUGCUGAAUUUGGACUUGAUUGGCGGCGAUAUCAAACCGGGCACCUUGAUGUCCAUUGCUGUCGUGAAGUCGGACCUGUCAAAAUCGUCGGCGGGAUAUGGAAGCUAUAAGAAGCUGGCGCAUGACGAUAAUAGCAGCCUGCGAUACCAAAAUGCCGGUCCUUGCGAUCCGAACAACUUGGGGCAUCAGUAUAUCUUUGUCGCAAAGGAUAUGCCCAAGGAGGUCAAGGCCCGGCAGCCUGAGGCGGAAGUAUACGUUGUGAAGCACAUUGCAGACACUUUUGGGAUGAAGAAGGGGUCCAUUGUUCUGCUGACACCGGUUGACGACGACCACCCAGUUACCGAAGCUACGCACGUUGAAAUGAUCUUCAAAGAUCAGUAUCUCUCACGAGCGGAUAUGUGGAGGGUGGCUGUCGGGGAGCUUGCGCAGAGGACGGUGUACAAGGGACAAUCACUUCUCUUCAUGGGCACCAUAAAGGCUCAGGUCACUACAGUCUUUGCUAAUGGGAAUAGCGUCCAUUCUGGCUUCUUUGGUCGGGAGACGCGACCAAUAUUCCGCAGCGAAUCGGCCAGAUUUGUGCUUUUCAUCCAAAUGUCCAAAGAAAUGUGGGACUUUGACUCUGACAGCUCCGGCGAGAUCAUGUUCAAUAAAGUUGUCAACGGAUUUUUGCCAGCCCUGUUUAAGAAGUGGGCUACGCUCAAAGUAAAACACUUAGUUAGCAUUGUGCUGUUUGCGCGUGUCGAAUAUGAUACGGGUCUGACGAAUGAGCUGGACGUGAGCGGGCUCCAGUCGGACUACUAUACGGGAAUCCAGUCCUAUGGGAAUCGGCGGCCGUACAAAGACUUUUAUCGAGUGGUGGUGAGCGAGAUGGCCAGUGGAGAAUGGACAAAAAUCCUAUUUCAGUUAAAGAAAGAACUCAACUAUUUUCGAAGAGACAUCACUUUGCAUCACCAAACAGCAAAUCCAUCAGACGGCUCCAAGGACACUGCGUCCGGGAAUGAACCUGUCAGUCGAACCAAGGCCGAAUCUUCCUUUUCCAUCCACGGCAAUAUCCUAGAAGCCAUCAAUCUCGCGUGCGCCCAGUUCUCUCACGAUUACAUUGACCGGGACUUGACCAGGACAGGCAUCUCCGUCGCUGUCAUUAGUCCUGGCGCCGGUAUCUUCGAAGUGGAUUAUGAGACACUACGAAGAACAACAGAGGCCCUUGUAGGGAAUGGCAUUGGAAUUGAUCUGAUUUGCAUGGCUCAAAUGCCUCUACAUUCCGUUCCACUAUUCAAAUAUCGGAAUCCGCGAUUCUCAUUAGCGGGAGAUUUAUCUCAAGAUCGACAUCAUUCGCUAUCCAGGUCCUUUCACAGUCGUGAAAGCACGCCAAAUCAGCAAACUCCCGUCGUUGGAAGCUUUCAGUCUGGCGGCGGUUCGUUCUCGCCAUCAAAGAGCAGAGAUAUGAUACGCCGCGUUGAACAUGUUGAUUCUCAAAGUAGGCGUGACGAAUGGUGCUAUGUUCUGCCUCAGUGGCUGCAUGUUUCGUUCUGGACUGGUACUUCGAACGAAGCACUCUCGUACGCAGGCGUUGCUUUGUCCGUGUCCAAUCGAGUGGAGCAAAACGACGAUGACGAUUUCAGAAUAAGAUGUCGUAUGUACGACCUCCAAAUGAGGAGUGCCCUUGAUACAAAUGAGAUCGAAAUCACGCCCCUGCAUUCGGAUAUUAAUUAUCCCAGUAGCAUCUUUGAGAAUAGUAGCUUCUCAAAGAGACGCCAAGAGGCCAUUGGCGACCUCUGGUAUAACCCACCGAGUCGCCUUUCAGAUCAUAUAAACGAAAAUAUUCAUGGGUUUCAAAGAUUCGCCCCUGACAGGCUUGGUCGACCUUCGGAAAGACCAUCAUGGAAGCAACUACAAGAUUUCGAUGACUCCAGAGCCAUCUUGACUCACCAUAAGCGUCAUAACCAUCAUGCUUCAGAAGCAGGUCUUAGAUCUGAUGAAAUCCGGAGGCACCAUAUGGAGGACUUAAAUGUCCUAGGCACAUCACUUCCGGAAAAGAAGCUGUAUAGCAAUUUCCCAUCUGCCAGAAAGCUCUCGAUGAAUCAAGCAGAGAUAGAAAAGCCGAACAUUUUCCCCAAGAAGACGUUACCAGAUCCGCUACCCAUAAACACCCUACCAUCUCCUCCACCUCCUUCUCAGCCGCAAUCUUUUACCUCAGCCCCAUAUCAGACAGGCCCAUACCAGUCAGUCCCUCUUACCAAAGUCCCCUCAGCUCCAAAGCAACCCAAAUUCAUAAAACAAAUCAGUCUUGGGCAACGAGGUUUUGGCAUAGCAGCUCCAAAGAUUGUAGCAGCAGAGGUGAAAACGGAAAAUGUCAACGCAGCAGUUACCAAACCAAACGUAGCACCAUUGACUCCACGAUCACGUUCGGAUAUGAGACCGGCCACUCCUCAGACUAUCAGGAGCCAGUCGCCAUUCUCAAUCACUAAGCUCAGAGCAGAAGUUUCUGACCCUAUCAUGGAUAGAAUGUCAUCAACGCCAAGCAUCCCCAUCUUGAAAAAGAACGGAUCUAGCCGCCACGACAUAGGCAUACAUAAUCUCAAAGCAGGAGCUUCUGCUCAUCCUUCGGCAUCGCGCACUCGCAGUGAUAGCCUUGAAGAUGAUCACGAGAUGAUCCAGAGCAUGUUUCGACCAGAGGACCAGAAAAUGAUAUUGAAUAAGCUUCGGGCUGGUGUUGGCGUUGGAGUUGGCGUCGCACCGGAGCCCCCUCCAACGAUUUCGCCUGCAUCAGCAGUCAGCCCCUGGCUGGUUUUGCUGAAUCCGUCUAAUCCAGAGAAGAGUCAGAUAAAGGCCGUAAAUCUAUAUUCGCGUUGGCAGCACAUAUUUCCUCGUAUAUCUGACAUGAAGAUACAGAAAUGGAAGGCUCUGUGUUGCCCCGCUGCGGUCCCAUUGACAACGGAGUAUUUUCCUACCAGGGCGCAAUUCGAUACCGAGUAUCAAAGGCAUCCAUAUAGCGUGGACCAAAAUGCAGAUGAUGAAUUGACCGAGGAGCCAAAAUCUAGACAGGAAUUCAUCAGUGAACUGAUCAGCCUGCGAUUUUCACAAGGGUUCCAGGUGGUAGUCGGGCCAGCCGUUGCAAAGGCGUUCGGACAGAAGAUGAUUAAACUUGGUGACAUCUUCUCGCGCGACCAGGUCCUUGAAGAUGGCACAAGUAUAUUCAUGUCAGUUGGCAACGUUAUUCACCAGCUCUCGUGCGUAAACGGGACAGAGGUUGAAGUCAAUAUCUAUGUCAGAAACCCCACGGCAGACAUGUCGGGAUUACCGCAAGGAUACUCUCCGAUAUAUAAACCCGCCAUUCGAACGCUGUUUGAUACAGACUAUGAGGCUCGACGUAUAGAGCUAUUGUCAAUUCCUAGACCUGAUCGCAACUGGAAUAUGAUUGACUCAUACGCUGCGGGCCACCACGACGAGAUGAUGGAGAGCUUGCGGUUCUGGAGAGCUCGAUUCGUCCUCAUCCCGCUGGCUGCCCAUAAUCCUUCGGUGCCUAGGACCCAAAACGGCUUAUACCCCGAGGAAAUUAGAAUAGAGGGUAUCAAACGCUUAGCUCAUCUGUGGCAGAAGAAUCGCUACAUACCGCCCUCUGAACGCAGAUUCCAGACUGCUAGAGGGCGUGGGCAGCUGGAUCGCAGUCCCUUGGAUAUUGUCUACAAAACAGAAGACCCCUCUGUUGUCAUUGCAGCUGAGCUAGAAACAUUACCUCUGAUUGAGGGCCUCGAGGGUGGUAUGAGUAAGAAACAUCAACUCGUGUCGAGGAAAGACCGAUUCGAAAAGUCGAAUCUGAACUUUGCUGUCUUGGCCGAAGCUAUGCAGCAGCCUGUGGAGCAGGGCGGCGUACCCCUACGAAACCGUCGCUGGCAUCUACGGCUUCAUUAUCAUUCUUUCCUCGGCUCUGAUAUGACUACGUGGCUGCUGGAGAAUUUCGAUGACCUUGAGACCCGUGAAGACGCAGAGGAUUUGGGCAACGCACUGAUGGUGCCAGAUGAACCCAAGGGUAAAGACAAGGACAAGGAAGUAUCAGAAAAGGAGAAGGAAAAAGAAAAGUCUAAAGGGCUUUUUGUGCACGUCGAAAGACGACAUCGGUUCCGAGACGGCAACUACUUUUACCAAUUUGCUCCUGAAUUUGCGAAGCAGCAGCCUGGCUGGUUUGGCAGCAGCAAGAAGAAAGAAGCCCCCUUGCCCACUACCCCCAUGACAGAAUCAUCAAUAGGGUCGGGUAGAAGCCGGUCGUUGCAGGAUGACUACUCUCCGGCGUCCUUAACCAGCACUCCAACGAUGGCAGCACAGCACAUAGCCAAGAGUCGUCCCAAGGUAAUUCUUAGCAAGGUCAUCAAAUACGAUGUUGAUCCUAGGAAGAGAUCAUAUCGUCCUGAACGAAUUGAUCUGCACUACGACCGUCUUCACAACCCAGACAACUGCUACCAUGUUAGGAUCGACUGGAUGAAUGCAACCGCGAAGCUUGUAGAAGACGCUGUUGACAUUUGGGAGCGUGAAGCCAGCCAAUACGGUCUACGCCUCGUCGAGGUCCCCAUUAGCGAGGCCAGCGCCAUUACAGAAAUCAACCCCCUCCGACGGCCAUAUCCCAUCAAGCUUGCCGUGCAGCCGCCGGACCAAAAGCCCGAGACAUUUUAUGACCCAAAUUCGCUGGGACCGCAGACGGUGCCCACAAAGUACUUUUACCAAAAGUCGAUUUUGCGGCACUUUGAUUUCGUGCUCGACAUGGAGGCAGCUUCUAAUUAUCCCGGCAACGUCGAUAUUAUAUACUCUUGGGGACGGCCAGACUACAGAUACACGCAAUACAUCCAUCGUUCGGGAGUUCUGCUAGCCCAAGUAACGGACGAUGGCAACUUUCUCGUGUUAGCAAACCGCCUGUACGGCAGGCGAGCCGUCAAAGAGAGAGAAUCCGCCGCAAGAAACUUCACCCCAAUCGACCAGCCGCACCUCCCGAUGGAAAGGGGCAGUGGGCGGGCGCCAUCCUUUGACUCUUUCAGCCUCUCCGAAUCGAUCAUGGCAGGCUCUUCGAUGCAUAUGGGCGCUCCAACGCCGCUGCAACACCAUGCCGGUGGGCACCACCACCAUCCUCCGCACCAUCUCUCGUACCACCAUCAUCCCUACCAUCACCACCACGCUCCAUAUCACCACCACUCCUCUCCCUCCCUCAAGCCCGUCAACUCUUCCGCCUCGCUUAGCACGAUCCACGCCCAACAACCGCCGCCGCCUCAAUUCUCAGCCAACCCCACCGCGCACCUCUACGUGCCCGAAGCCAUCAAGGAAGAGCUCGAGGCCUUCUGCUCCGACGCCGCCGCCCUCGAAGCUUUCUACAAGGAGACGCUAGAAAGGGGCCAGAUCAUUCAAGGCACACCCGCGACGGCCGCGACGGUGAAUCCACCUGGGCUGGAGGCUGUGCCGGAGACGAGCAUCCCGUCGCUAGGCUUACCGCCAGGCGUACUGGCGUCGCUGGAUAGCGGGGCGGCGAUGAGGAUUGGGAGCCCAAUGAUGUUUUUGAGGAGGGGUAGCGUGCAGUUUGAUGGACUUGGGUUGGGAGGGUCGAAGAAGUAAAGGUUUGAACGAAUGGAGGGAGGGGAGGCUGUUUUGUUUUGUUUUUGUUAUUGUGAAAAGAAAAGAAAAAGCGAUUUGACUGGUUAUCUAUGGAUCAGAGUUGAUAGUUGUAAUGUAAUAUCAUGUUCGUGUAAAAGGUAGGUUGGGUAGGUUAGUUUAAUUAGGUGAUAAUACGGAGUACUUUUGGGGAUAUAUUGCAAAGUAAUAUAUGAAAUGUU